GCAUCCAUUAAAAACACCUUUUCUCUGUACAUAAAGUUGAACCUAUAGCUCAAGAACUUGAUAACCCUUCUCUUCCUUCACCCCGCCUAACCCCUUUUCUCAUUGACCCUCAAUUCUUUAAAUAAGAUUCAUUGGUUUUCUUCAGGGAACCGAAACCACAGGCUUGAUUCGCCACAAUUUCUCACUGGGCUUUUGUUUUUCUUCGUCGUCGGUCGUCCUCUUUUUUCUGGGAAGUAUGUCGAGUUCGAGGCAGCUUUCUGAUGGCCGGAGGCAGGGGAAGGAGCCGGAGAAGACUAAUUUUGUGCAGACGUGCAAUCUCUUGAGUCAGUACAUAAAGGGAAAGGGUAGUCUCAGAGAUUUGAAUCUUGAAAUAGGUGGAAAAGUUGAGAGCCUCGAAGCAAUAGUGAAGCCCGGAUCAUCUCUUGCUGCAUCAGCUUCUACGGCUGUUGGUUUACCGAGAAAUAAUGGAAAAUUUGCUGAAUAUUCGUCGGAACAGCAGCCGUCAAAGAACCCAGUUCCACACGUAGCCAGGCCUGAUUCCUCCAUUGUAAUAGUAGAAGAUGCCCCAAAUAAAGCUAGCACAAGCAAAGAAGGGACGACGACGGACUCUAAGACUGCACAACUGACAAUUUUUUACUCCGGGAGGGUAUUGGUCUUUGAUGAUUACCCGACGGACAAGGUUAGAGACCUGGUGUCCAUGGCUAAAAAGAGCAGCUCCCAAAUGUCUUACGGCAUUUUGUCGAAAACCAUUCAAGAGAAACCGAACCCUGCGUCGACCUCCGUCGCACGGGAGGGGCUUCCGCCGCGGCCUCAAGCUGGCGGGGCUAAGCAGCCUGCGGUCAUUUCGUCAAACUUUUGUAAGGAGAAAACAAAUCGCACCACCACUGCGACUGCGGCGUCAACCUCUAGCGAACGGGAAGGUUUUCCGCCGUGGCCUCAAGCUGGUAGCGGAAAGCAGCCUGUUGGCAUUUCGUCAAACACUUAUAUGGAAACAGAUCCUACAACUAGUGGAGUUGUAGCGUCGAGCUUAAAAACUCAAGAACAACUUUCACCACAAUCUGAGGCAAAUGGAUCAGAUUUGCCAAUUGCAAGAAGAUCAUCACUUCAUAGAUUUCUGGCGAAGAGGAAAGAUAGAGCUGCUGUGAGAGGUCCUUACCAUAAUCAAGAACAUCCUGCGUCGUCUUCUUCCAAGAGUGAUGAACAGAUUGACCUCAAUCUCUAGCCAAUUACCCCUCUCAAAAUGAUUAGGGUUUCUAUAUUAUUACCUUUUGUAAUUUUUUAUUUAAUAUAAUACAGCAUUAUUAAUUGGGAAAUUUGGAGUAAUAUUAAGCUCAUACUCGUGUAU